CGAUUAGUGGAUGUUGCUGUUAUUGUCCUCUAGAUGGCAGUAGUGCUGAGCACACAGUUAGCAGAGGCAUUAUCCGAGUAAAAGCUCAGAGCAAGGAAAACUCCUGUAGAGGUUCAGUGCUGAAGAAAUCACGACAACACACUCCAGCUUUUCUAUUUAACCUUCUGCUGCCAGACUGUUUAUCUGACGGACACUUCAGCUGCUUGCCUUUAUUCAGUAUAUAUUGGGGCUCAACUGUAAAUUCCUCUACAAAAGCGAUCAGGAACGCUGGACUUUGUUAUUUCAGCUGCUAUUUCAUACGCAAACAGGCCUGAUUGAGGAGACACGCCAUGUUAAAAUGAGAGGAAAAACUCAAUUACUGAAGAGAAAAGACAAAAAAUGUGUCACCUGCACUCAGUGUGGAAAGAGUCUGGCAAACAAAGACAGUCUCAAGGUCCACAUGAGGAUUCACACUGGAGAGAAACCAUUCACAUGCUCUCAGUGUGGGAAGAGUUUCAGAGACUCAUCAGCCCAUAAUAAACACAUGUUGAUCCACACUGGAGAGAAAACACACGCAUGUGGUCAAUGCGGAAAAUCAUUUCUGUUGGCUUCAAGUCUGAACGAUCACCUUAGAGUUCAUGCAAAGGAGAAGCCUUCAUGCUCUGUGUGUGGAAAGAGUUUUGCACAUCAAAGAAAUUUAAGAAAACAUCAGAAGAUCCACACUGGUGUGAGAGAGUAUGUGUGCUUUGAGUGCGAGAAGACUUUUAUUACAGCUGCGAACUUACAACAACACCAGAUGAUUCACACCGGAGAGAAACCUUACAUGUGUUCACACUGCGACAAGAGAUUCAGUCAGUUACCACAUCUGAAAACACACCAGAGGAUUCACACCGGAGAGAAACCGUACAAGUGUUCACACUGCGACAUGAGAUUUAAUCAGUUAUCACAUCUGAAAACACAUGAGAGAAUUCACACUGGAGAGAAACCAUACAUGUGUUCACACUGCGACAAGAGAUUCACUCAGUUAGGAGGCUUAAAAAAGCAUGAGAAGAUUCACACCGGAGAGAAACAAGUGAGAUUCAGUCAGUCAGAAACAUUGAAAACACACUAGAGUGUCACAUCUGAGAGUAACCUUAACAUACAAAUAUGCAAACUUGCAAUAUUGAUGGGUCGUUCUGGAACAAAUCUUUAAAGGUUCAAGAAACCCUCAGGUACUUUUAUUGUGUUGAGCAUCUGGUUAGACAAUGUUAGCGCCUGUCAGCUUUAAUUAGGAGGGAAACUGCAUAAUUUUGAGCUUUUGUGAGCUAAUUUAAUCUUCAUGGUUUAAACAGAUUUUUGGGGUAAGAUCACAAUCGGUGACGUAUCGCAGAAACGCAGAUGAUGCGUCGAUUUCUCAUUAUUAUUCAUAGCAGAGUUUUCUUAUCCUAUGAGAAGAGCCUGCUUCCUAAUUAUUCAUAACUGCAAGUGGUGAUUUCUAAGGGCAAGACAGACCUGCCAGUGCCAAGCUGUGAGACCCUAUGUUGAUGACUGGGGAGCCCGUGUCCACAGACCCACGGCACACAGUUUUUAGCCGUUGAAGGGUCGUAUGUGUUUGUUUCCAUGAUCCACUGGGUUUGUUGCAUGUUUUUCCCUGGGAUCCUUUCAGGACCAAUACAGCAAAUCUCUUUGUGUGUAGCAAGCAUUUCUGUCGGGAGAGCAGUUUGAGAAUUGGUGAAUGGCAGACUUUGUCUUUUAUCAGUGGAGUUUGUUCACAUUUAGACUCAUUUAUAGUGUUUAUAUAAACACGAUUAUCUUUAUAAUGAUAUAAAGUGUGGCGGUGUGUAUGAAAUACGAAUAACAAAUGUAGCCGGGCAUUGAUUUACUGUUUAUUUCUUUGCAUUUUAACUUUGUAAACUGUAAAAUCAUGGGUCUCCUCUAGUGUUGGGCGAUAUACAAAAUUUUCAGAUCGCCAUAUCGUCUCCCUGUGAG